GAGCCAUAAAGAGCCGGGGAGGGAAGGGCAGAUUUCUCGCUGCCCAAUCCCCCUGUUCCCCCGAGAGCAGCAGCUUUCCAUGGCCCGUCCCUCCCUCUUGUUUGCUAAUCAUUUCAUUUUACUCCCUUUUUGAAGCGCUCUCCCUUUUUUUAUCCCACUUUUACUCGCCGCUCAAUCCGUGGCUGCUCGUCUCCCUCUGAUCCCGGCUUCGUGCGCUCCGGCUCCCCGGACCCUCUGCAGCUCCUCUGAGAUGCUCUGCCCGCUCCGCGCUCUUCCCUCCGCCCUCUUUUAGCUCAACUCGCGGCUGGGAUCUAAACCAAGCCCGGCGAAGCCCAGAGGAAUCCGCGGCUCUUCUCUGGAUCAGGACCCGGUACUUUGGGGAAGGUAGCUGCUGGGCCUCCCCCCCGCCCUCCUCAUCCACCUCCUCCCCUCCUCCUCAUCACUCCUCUUUUCUCCACCUUAAUCCAGGUGGUCCUUUGGCUUCUUUGAGCGCUUGGUACAGGGAGGAUUACUCUUCAUCUUCUGCCUUGUUUCUGGUGAAGAAAAAGCUCCCAGAAGGACAUUCUGAUGUUCUCCAUCCAGGACAGCCUCCCCCGGGGGGCCCUGACCAUGAAGGAGGAGCCGCUCCCCACCGGCAUGACCCCGGUCCGUUCCUGGAUGCAGGGCGCAGGGAUUUUGGACGCCAACACAGCGGCCCAGAGUGGAGUGGGACUGGCCCGAGCUCACUUUGAGAAGCAGCCUCCAUCCAACCUGAGGAAGUCCAACUUCUUCCACUUUGUACUGGCGUUGUAUGAUCGGCAGGGCCAGCCGGUCGAGAUCGAGCGAACAUCCUAUGUGGACUUUGUGGAGAAAGACAAGGAGUAUAACGGAGAAAAAACCAACAACGGGAUCCACUACCGCCUACAGCUGCUGUACAGCAAUGGUAUCCGGACAGAGCAGGAUCUUUACGUCCGGCUCAUCGACUCCAUGACCAAACAGCCCAUCCUGUACGAAGGUCAGGACAAGAACCCAGAGAUGUGUCGUGUCCUCCUCACCCACGAGAUCAUGUGCAGUCGAUGCUGUGACAAGAAGAGUUGCGGGAAUCGCAACGAGACACCUUCGGAUCCAGUCAUCAUCGACAGAUUCUUCCUGAAGUUCUUCUUGAAGUGCAACCAGAACUGUUUGAAAAAUGCUGGAAAUCCAAGGGACAUGAGGCGGUUCCAGGUGGUGGUGUCUACUACAGUCAAUGUGGACGGUCAUGUGCUGGCCGUCUCAGACAACAUGUUCGUCCAUAACAACUCCAAACAUGGCCGCCGGGCACGACGUCUGGACCCCUCUGAAGCAGCCACUCCCUGCAUCAAAGCCAUCAGUCCGAGUGAAGGCUGGACCACCGGCGGCGCCACGGUCAUCCUCAUCGGAGACAACUUCUUUGACGGCCUGCAGGUUGUCUUCGGCACAAUGCUGGUCUGGAGCGAGCUGAUCACACCCCACGCCAUCCGGGUUCAGACUCCCCCUCGGCACAUCCCUGGUGUUGUGGAGGUCACACUGUCCUAUAAGUCCAAACAGUUCUGCAAAGGAGCACCAGGACGCUUCGUUUACACAGCACUCAACGAGCCCACUAUCGACUACGGCUUCCAGAGGCUACAGAAGGUCAUCCCUCGUCACCCCGGGGACCCUGAGAGGUUACCAAAGGAGGUUCUGCUGAAGCGAGCGGCUGACCUGGUGGAAGCUCUCUAUGGGAUGCCCCACAACAACCAGGAGAUCAUCCUGAAGCGAGCCGCCGACCUCACCGAGGCUCUCUACAGUGUCCCUCGCAGCCAUAACCAGCUGCCAUCGCUCACAGGCUCUGCCGCUCACUCCGGGAUGAUGGCCGUCAACUCGUUCAGCAGUCAGCUGGCUGUAAACAUCAGCGAGGCGUCCCAAGCCGACCAGGGUUAUUCCCGUAACUCAAACAGCGUGUCUCCUCGAGGAUAUGUGCCAAGCUCCACGCCUCAGCAAUCCAACUAUAACACCAUCACAUCCACCAUGAACGGGUAUGGAGCUGCUGGGAUGACCAACCUCGGCGUCCCUGGCUCUCCCAGCUUCCUCAAUGGAUCCACCGCCAACUCUGCUUACGCAAUCAAACAGAAGAGCGCCUUCGCCCCCGUCGUGCGGCCACAGACCUCCCCGCCCCCCACCUGCACCACCACCAAUGGCAGCAACCUUCAGGCCAUGGCUGGUCUUAUCGUGCCCCCCAUGUGAGGACGCCUCAGAUCUGACGACGCCACCUCACUCUAACCCAGAACCACCUCUGUUUCCGUCGUCUUCUUCUUCAUCUCCUCCACCACCAGCAGACCACAUCACACUCCCCCUGCUGGCGGAUCAGACCAACGGAGGACAUCAGAGUGGGAUGUUUUCACAGACUGGAUAGUCUUAAGCUGGUUCUGUUGUUCUAGAACUAUAAACUAUUUUCUCUGGAACUGAAUCAGAGGCAAUGGGAGCCUCAGUUUGGCUCAAAGCUGAGCUGAAGGAAGACCAUUUUAAAAUUUGACUGAAACACAAAUAAGUGAAGAAUGGAACAAUUUCAGCCAUCAGAGGUUUGAUCUUUGGGUUUUUAGGGUCAACAUUAGUCUGGUUUUAAAAAACACUAAUCUCCUCUGGGAUCAUCUUCAGUGGAACCGAAGGUGGAUCUUAGUUCCCUGCUCCACCCACUUAAAAUCCUAAAUAUUCUGAUUCUGUUGGCCUGAAAACUUCCAUUUCACAGUUGGACCAAGUUCAGCUUAUUUUCUGGGACUGGGAGGGGGGAACCCAUCAGUUUGAGUUCCUUAUUCUGUAAAGAUGGAAGCUGCAGAUCUUCCUGCUUCUUCUGACUUUUCUUUCUUUGUUUCUGUUACAUAGCUUCUAUCAGCUGAUGUGUCCAGUUUUAGAUUUGAACCAGAAGAGAGUUGGGACUGUUUUAUUCUGUUUGUUUCUCCUUGUUGGGAUUAUUUUGCCAUGUUACCAGGGGGGCGUUCCUUCUGUGAUGUAGGCCUGAAAGAUAGUCUGGAUUAUAUCUGUAAACACAUGGAUGUCUUCAUACCUUUGGAUCUUGUAAAAACAAUAACCGAGAAAAAGAAAAAUCCUGUUUUUGUAAAAAAAAAAAAAAAAAUAUUGCCUAAAAAAA